CAAACGUAGUGAAACUGGCCGAUAGUCGGUUCUCUCGCUGAGCCGAAAAUUUUACACAAUUUCAACGGCCUGGUAGAAGGCUACGGGCCCGCUCUUUCUCUUUUACAUCCGGCUUAUUAUCCGGAUCUUCAUUUUCUUCACCGCUCUUCGCGGUUUCUUCCAGCGAUUACACGUUUCUCCGUCGUUUCGAACGUUUCGUCGUUUCAUCUGUGUCGCGGGAGGCUGCAUUUGCAGUUUUAAAAAUAACCAAUAGUGAGCAAAUUAUUGGAUUUUAUGUAGUUUACUGUGAACUAGAUCUAGUGAUUAUUAGUGCUAGUUAAGUGACGGUGCUGUGCACUGGAUUUAAAGCAACUAUUAUUAUCUAUUGCAUUUGAUAAAAAUAUGUUAGCGUGAAACGGAUUCUCUCGAUCGAAAUUCGAUUGUUUAAGUCGUGUAACCAAAUAAAGCUGUUGAAUGUGUUGCGAGAUCCGGGUACCGAUUUGUCUGGAUAUGACUGUUACUUUCGGCGAGAAAUAUGUAGACGAUAUCUGCUUAGAAGGUUGUAACUUGUCUAAGACUUCCAUUACCGGCGAGGAUUCUUCCUAUGACUCGGACUGUGAGGGAUACGACGGAGCCCAGGUACUAUCUGGGAGCCAUCAGGAUGUUUCUAGAACGGCCAGUGAUACUUUAGCUGCGGAAUAUGCGGAGUAUGUCCAAGGUGCCCAGGAAACCAAUCCUGGAUAUAAUGCGAGGGUGGAGUUUGCACUGAAACUAGGAUACACCGAGAAGCAUGUCCAGGCAGCGUUACAAAAACUGGGACCAGACCCUACUCAGAAUGAGCUGCUGGCAGAACUGAUAAAACUAGGCGCUCAGAAAGGGGGAUCGUGUGAUAGCAGUCCCACUGAGAGUCUUGUUAGUGAUUUAGGACUAUUAGAUAGGCUUGAUCUACUCGACGUCGGUCAUACAACUUUACGACCCAUCGUUAUAGAUGGCAGCAACGUUGCAAUGAGCCAUGGAAACAAGGAGAUAUUUUCCUGUCGCGGGAUCAAGAUAUGCGUCGACUGGUUUAAGGCUCGUGGUCACAAAGACAUAACAGUGUUCGUGCCAAAAUGGCGAAAAGAGGCGCCCCGUCCAGACAACCCGGUGCGAGACCAAGAUAUUUUGGCUGAGCUAGAGCGAGAAAGACUGUUGGUUUUUACACCGUCAAGACUAGUAGGUGGGAAGCGAAUGGUAUGCUAUGAUGACAGGUACAUUUUGAAAUUGGCCGCACAAAACGAUGGCGUAGUAGUUAGCAAUGACAACUAUAGGGACCUUUGUCAGGAAAGUGCGGAAUUUAGAAAGGUUGUUGAAGAAAGAAUAUUGAUGUUCUCUUUUGUCAAUGACCACUUUAUGCCGCCCGACGAUCCUUUGGGUAGAUCUGGACCUACUUUGGACAAUUUUCUUCGUGGGCAACCAAAAAAGGGUGAUGUAAGCGGAACACCUCCGCCACCUCCAUGUCCUUACGGAAAGAAAUGCACUUACGGUAAUAAGUGUAAAUAUCACCAUCCUGAGAGAGGACCGUUGCCUCACAAGAGUGUGACGGAGAGAUUGUCGGAACAUGCCCAAAGACAUUUGCAAGCUAGGGAAAGUAAAGACGGCGGAGACAUCCGAAAAAAUCCUCUGGGCCGUACUCGUUCCAACGUACCGCCACCGAAAGAGCCUCAACACGCGGUCGUAUCGAAGUCACGUAGCGUAGACAACGUGGGACUUUUGGCCCAAUCGCCGUCUUAUCAACCGAUUCCAGACGCGUUCACGUUUCAGAACACCUCCGAAAAACCCACCCUGGGCACUUUUGCGUAUCAAACAUCGUCACCGGAUAACCUGCACAGGAAGUUGCAGAGGCAGUUAACGUUAAAUCCGGGCGGCGAUGCGAGACUGACGUCCGUUAGGAGGUACGCCCCUCUUAGUCCCAGUCCUCUGGGCCCUCCGACGGGUUAUCUCGGGACUUCCGGGUGGGAUGUGCAUCAGGGGGUAACAAGAAUAGCGAGCGCGCCGGAUUCUUGCCGGAGCGGACAAACUGCUCAACAAAGCGGUUGGCAUGGUUUGCAAGGGAUUCAACACGGGCAAACGGCACCAGUUAGACACAUGCACCGUAUGUCUAGUUCCUCGGACUCUCAAUUAAACGUGUGGCCCGGGCAACAGUGGAACCCCAUUGGCAACCAGGAAGAUGAACGUCGCAAACUUCAUUAUCACUUAUCCGCCAUAUUUCCUGAAGAGCAAGUCAUUCAGGCGAUGCAAAUGUAUCCGGACGAGACGAACGCUCAGAAAAUAUGCGCCGCUAUUCUAGCGAUGUUCUCUGCUAAAACGUAAUUAUGGUGAGAAGUAAAAAAAUGAUUUGAUGCACAUAUUGUCCCAUUGACAAUGGACUCCCAUAUUUAAUAGCGAUUAUUGCGAGGUUAAUUAAUUGAGCACUGAUUGGUUAUUAAGAGAAAUCCUAUAUUUAUUUAACCGAAUGUUCUUUAUGUAGCGGACUGUAGCUACGGAAUUUAAAGUUAAAUAAAUUCUUUGUUACUUUUUUUUGUUAUAAGUCUUUAAGAAUAUUUUUCUUUAAUCUUUCGCAGUAACGAAAAAUUAAUAGGAAAAAAGUGUACUUCGUUAAGUAAGAUCUUUGCUAAUUAAUGUAGUAUGUAAUAUUUUUUUACAAUUUUUGUUAUAUUAAUAUUAACGUGUUCACAGAAAAUGUAACGUGAGCAAACAUAAUUCUAAUAAGUCAAACAAGCAACAUCAAAAUAUUUUCUUUUAAUUUUAGGGUUGACAAAAUAAUUUCGAUUCCGAGCAUAUUAAACUUAUCGUAAAGUAAAAAAGCAAUAAUUACAUUUCUGUUCCAUGUAGAAUAUCGUUUCAUUCAACACUAAUUUCGAGACAUUUUAUUUGUAAGGCGUUUUCAUUACACACGACGUUCCUAAAACUACAUUUUCAUUUUUAAAGAAAGUUUAUGAUUAUAUGAACGCAUUUUUUUAUGGAAUUAUCUAUCGCAAGGAGAAAAUUUAGUUAACUUUGAGUUAUUUUAAAUAUUUAUUAUUCUAACCACCCAUGGAUCUAACGACUUCCUGAAAGUUUUUUUAUGGUCAGAACUUUCAGGUGGUCAUCGUAUCGAAAGUUUACAUAUUCAAUUUUUAAUGAAAUUUUUAUAAUUGAAGAGUGGAAAUUCAAAAGGGUCUAAGUGCCAAAAAAAUGAAACUGAGAUACUGACAAAAAAAUUUAUAUAACAUUAAAAAAACUUGGAAUUUGUAUUGAAAUAGUUUUAUUAGGCAAAUUAAACAAGAAUCAAUAAACGUGUUAUAUUGUUAUACACAAAACAAAAACUAUCAUUGAGAAAAACUAAUCAUAACACAAAAUCCACUAAAAGUGCCAACUAUAAUACACUGUCAAAAGGGUCUAUGUCCAAAGGAGCCUUUUAAUUCGAUUGUGUUUUUUCUAUGAUAUUAUCAUAAAACUGAACAUAUUUAACAGGAAUAUAGUCCAUCAUAUCUUUUAAGUUUUUCAGCUUCUCGGCUGAAAUACGGUUUCUGCAGUCGAGGUCUGGAACCAAUGCUACCGGAAUUUCAGUCGACCUUUUUCCCUUCUUUAGAACAUUACAAGUGGUCCAUUCCUUGAGCUGAGAGAAGGUCUUUUUGGUUUUAACCAACGUUUUUUGCCCCUGUUCAAUUUUAAUCCAGGCUAUUUGUGAAAUUUGUAGUUUAGUCGUAUUUAGAUAUUCGCCUGUCAUGCUCUGAAAAUCUUUAAAAUCGUUUUUUUUUUCCAUACGUAGUACAUUAAAAGGUCUUUGGUGGCGUGCCUCUCUUAUUUUUUUUUCUAUAUUUUCGAGAGUGUAGUUUUUUACGCAACAAUUUUCUCUUUUCUAUUUGUGCAAAAUCUCUAUCACAAGUGAGAUAUGAAUGGCCACUUAUCAGAAAUGUUUGCUCAACCUUUUCGUAGAUACCCUUAGAAACUAGGUAAAUCAUCAACAUUAAAAUAAUCUUGUUCUUGUUUUGUCAUAUGCAAUUGUGACUCCACAUGACCAAAUUUUUUCUUUUAAGAAAAUUUGAGUGCAAAAUUACUUUUAGCAGACCAGACGCUACUUCAUUUCCACCUCUCCCAGUAAGUGACUCAUCCCAGAGGCACAUAAAUGCAUCAUCUGUAUCUGACAAAUUAAUUCCGAAGUUAAAACAGGACAACUGCCGACUGUAAAACAUGUCAGAAUAUGUUAGUGUCGGAAUAAAAGCACUUGUUCUAAAUCAAUCGAAAUAGUUUUGUCAUCACUUUCUA